AGUACAUACGUCUAGUUAUUAAGUGGCCUCCAAGUUUGAAAUCUAUGACAGAAAACAACGAGAUUAUGCAAUCGUCACACUUCGACGCGUAUUCUGGAACUAUUUACGGAACCCCAGCAGGAUUUGAUAGCAGCACUGGGAAGACCCACCUUCCUGGUUAUGCUCCGGAACCCGAUGGAGGGUGCUAUUCCACCUACGGCGCCCCAUCCUUGCAGGCCAUGUCUGGCUACAACUGCAGGGAGACUUCCGGGUACUCGGAAACCUCUUCUUUUUUGCAUUCCGGAUUUGUUUCUAAUUACGGGAACGGGAACUAUUACAAAAUGCCCACUCGGCAGAUGGAAUUAACGGAAUACAAUUCCAUGACGAUGUCUAGGUGUCAAGAAAAUUUUCUUAUGAAACCUGAAUCGGCUUUGUCGAAUUCACAAAACUUGUACGAGCCGGAUAAUCAAAUGAAUGUUCACAGCGAGAGAAAUCACCACCUCCACCAGCAUCACCAGCAGCCACAUCUACAGAGCGACCAGCACACAAAAAUAGACCACGAACAGGUCGCGACGUACCACGAUUCGACCCCCGCGCUAGACGACCCCAAACGCCUGCACGACCCCACGAUUUACGGGCUGAACCCAAUCAAACUCGAACCCCCGACCUCACAUUUAGACUACAAAACCUCAUCGUCCUCGUCUUCAUCCUCCACACCAUCCAACCCUCGGAGUCUACACCAACAGGAAACAGUUUUAAACACCGCUUCUUGCGAAGAUACCUCAACACAGCCAACACAACCUCAUUAUCUCGAACCCAAAAACGAUAAAUUACUCGGACUUGAAUCUCCGUUAGAAAAACAGACGUCGUCUGCCGGGAAAGACUGCGCAGACGAGAAGAGAGAUGAAGACACGUCUGCUGAUGCUAAGCCGACCAUGUCGUACAUUGCUCUCAUCGCCAAGGCCAUCUUGGAGUCUGAGCAGAGGAGGCUGAACCUGGGAUCUAUUUAUAACUGGAUCGAGAAACAUUACCCGUUUUAUAAGAACAAGGGUCAAGGUUGGAGGAACAGUGUUCGGCAUAAUCUCAGCCUCAAUGACUGCUUCAUUAAGGCCGGCCGGUGUGAGGACGGCAAGGGCAACUACUGGGCCAUCCACCCAGCCAACAUCCAAGACUUCAUGCGCGGAGACUUCCGUCAGAGGCGGAGGUCGCGCCGACGAGGGCGGAAGAAGGAGUGCGACCUGAGCAUGUACCACGUGCCCAACACGUAUCUCCAGCCCCAGGCCACGCCCCUGGCCCAGGGGAUGGGGUUCAACACAGCGGCCCUGAGUACAAUUUAUUCACCCUACACAGAGGCGGAGAGAAGGGCCUACAGACUAGACGAGGCUCUGCUGCGACAGAGUAUGAACAACCCGUUCGUCAAGUGGUACCAACAGGGCGUGGCCGCCCCUGGGUACGGGGUCUCCACGUCGCCGCCGGCGUGUGGUUCUGGCGUGUAUCCGAACCCGAACCCCGUGCAGUGGCCACAAGCUUACACCGAGGCGGGCACACAGUCCAUGUAUCCGGCCAUGAACCCCACCUUCACAAGAUAGGACACGGCUGAGUUAGGAGUUCUCAAGCCAUAGUGAUCUAACAACACAAGUGGAAUAUAACGUUUAAGUGAUAUUUGAGCAUUGAGAGACAACCGAAAGAAUGAAACGAAAAAAUCCUUGCUGAUGACGUAUGCUCAUGAAAUGACAGAAUGCCAUGGACGAACACGAUACUACAUUUGACAGAGGCAUGCGAUACUAAACUAAAUCAUGGAAAGACACUUAUUGUGUUGGCAUGAUACUACCGGUAAAUGGGCGCAAACGACGUGUCAACACGAUACUGCACUGAAUGUGUCGGAGAGGUAUUAUUUUAGCUAACGUGCCACAAUACCGUGAUAGUCGAUAUUGUGUUGCUUUUUUCGACACAAUACUUUACUAGCUUGAAUAAACAAUUUGUAAAAAAAAAAAAAAAAAAAAAAAAAAAAAACAACAACAAAAAGUUGGCUGACAAUGUGUAUUCGAAUCUGUCAGACUCAUGCUAACACAACAUACAUUACAAGUGGUCAUCUAAAAACUUAUAAGAUAAGGAUUC